CGGUUGAACUAUUUUAAUGUUUAUUUUUCGAUAAAAAUAAUAAAACCUCUUAUACCAAGUGUCUUGAAAAGAGGUUUUGAAUAAUUGUACAAUUUCAAUUACUAUUUUUCUGGGAGCAGCAAUAAUCUACCUUGCUGAAUUGGAAACCAAAAUAAACUAACGAAGAUAUUCAGAAAACAUAAGAUAUUUAUAAGAAAAAAUCAUUUUAUGUGAGGCUAUCAUCGACGUUUAGUAUGAUGAUUGAUAAAAGCUUCUCAAGCAAAUGCGAUAUCACGUAAUAUACAGCAUGUUCUAUAUUAUAAUGCAUUUAACAAGAGGACAUUUUAACAAGAGUGAAUCAUUUUUGAUUCGGAAUCACAAAAAUCCAUUUGAGCUUGACAAUCAAGAUUACUCUUUAUUGAAAGCUUCUAAUACCAUAUUAAAAAACUUGAAGGAAGAUCAUAAAAAAAGCUUUUUUAGUGAUUAUGCUCCAAGAAAGUUUAAAACUCCUUUUAGUACUAGGUAUGGUAGUAGAAAGAACCAAAAACUCAAGCGAAGAUAUUCAAAAGCUAGAAGGUUUAUCGAAAAAGAAGAAAAUUUUGCAGGGACUGAUAUCAACUUUGAGAGAUUUAAUCACAAGAAUUUUUUUAUACCACCUGGUUCUCAAAACUUCAACCAUAAUUUAAGUUUAUUUGGUUUCAGUGAAAUUUUACCUAAUAGUUCGUUUUUAGAAGGAAAUCAUGAAAAAUCUGACAACAAAUUUUCUUUCGUGAAAAUUGAUGAUCGGAAUACCGAAUUUUAUAAAUUAAGAACAAGAAAGUCAAGCAAAAGUGGUGACCAGAAUUUUGAAAGUAAAAACAAUCAGAUGCUGGAAAAAGUUUUGUCACCAAAAUACAAGUUAGAAGAUGCUUCAACAUUAGAAUCAGCAUCAAAAUCCAUUUUUGAAACAAACUGGAUGGCCGAAAAAGGUUUCCGAAGAAAAAGAGGGAUUGAUUGUUCAUCAAAACCUAGGUCCAGAAAAAGAGGAUUCAGAAAUCGACCAAGAAAAGAGAACAGAAAAUACCCAUGCAAAGUUGGAACACAUCAAAUAAUUAGGUUAUUCAGAGAUCAGAAGGCUCAAAACUUCACAGUGAAAAAAAAUUCUAAUAAAAAUUUUGAAAAUGUAAUCAGGGACCAGAAGAAUAAAGAUUUAGUUUCAAGAUCAAACAAUCAAUUACCAGGAAAAAAGAUAUCAAAAACUGAUCGCAAAGUUAGAAAUCAGGUUCAUUUGUCGAUGAAAAAUCCUCAACCCAAAUGGCAAGUUCAAGAAGAAGCAGCACCUCUAAUUUUUCAGGAUCAGGUUCUCCUAGCCAAUCAGGACAAAUCUUUAAUAAAUCGAGAGAAUCCAAACAUCCACCUAUUUGAAAAUUUGAAUCAAGAAAAUAAAGCUCCUCUAUCUUGUUCUAAAAAUUUAAAUUCAAUAAACGUUUUGAACAAAGAUCAGCACAAAUAUCUUCAAAAUACUUAUUCAGCUGUAGCAACUUCAUUUCCAUCUCAAGAUACUGUAUCUUCAAGUUCAUUAGCAAAUGGAAACACUCUGGAGGAAGAUAAAAACUCGGAAGUGGUUCCUAAACCAAUUCUUGUUGCAAAAUCAACUGAGAACAAAUCAGUAAACACAACAUCGGAUGUUAAAUCCACGCAUGAUGAAUCAGCUAAUAAUGAAUCCAUUGAUGACAAAAAAACUAAUCUUGAAUUAGAUGAAGGCAGAAAAAUUGAUGACUACUCAGCUGUUGCUUCAACUAAACUCAAAAGAGCAAUAAAAGAUUUAAAAUCUCCAACAAAAGAUGAAAAUUUUUCAAAAAUAAAUAUAAUUGAAAACAAUCAAGAGAAUUUUAUGAACAAAUCUAUCACUAUGAAAUCAGCAGUUAAAGAAACACAUCAUUUGUCUACAUCUUUCGAUUUGAGAUUUGAAACACCAACAUUUUUACAUAUAAAUCGAAAAGAAUCCAAGAAGUGCAGCUUUAACUCGAAAUUUUCUUCCUCAAAUAAAAAUGUAGGUUUAGAACCAGAUUACCAGAAGAAUAAUCAAUACCAGGAAAAUAAAUAUGAUUUAGCUCACAGAAAUGAUGUUAUGCAUUUUUUAAGAGAAGGAGUGUAUGUUGCUGAAAGUUCCUUAAAUACUCCCAUCAGAACUACAAUAGAAUCUGUGCAUGAAAUUUCCAGGAAAAAUAAUUGGAUCCAAUUAAGACCAUCUCCUGUUGAAAAGUUUUUUUUCGAAAUUGAAAAAGAAACUGGAAUAUUUCUACAAACCACUUCAUCACUAGAAACAGUUGGAGAAAAUAAUUCCUUAGCUUCUGAUGAUGCUAAAGUACAAUUAGAAAUUAACAAAAUAAACAUGCCUUCAUCUCGAAGAAUUAAAAGGUCAUCAAGUUUAGCAUUAGACAACCUUUUUAAAGAUGAAUCAGUGAAGAUAAGUUCUUCAAAUGUAAAUUUUGAUAAUUUUUCUAACCAAAGUCAAGAUCCCAAGAUUCGUCGUUCUUCUGAGAUAGAAGAUAUCGCUUCAAAUAAAGUGGUCAAGAUUUCACAACCAGUGAUGGAUCUUAACAUUACAAACUUCUUUUCUGAAUUGGAAAAUUUUGGACAUGAAACAAAUCCAUCACAUAAAGAUCAAUUUUUUAUUGAUGGUAAAUUAUCCCAUUCUCAUAAUCUGCAACCUCCAUUCAAACGGGAUUCAAAUUCACCAUUCCUUCAAUUUCAAAAAUUUUCAUCUACUAUGGGAAAUGAUUUCAUGGACUUUCAUCCGAGAAAUCUGGAUAAAAAAAUAGUGGAUUCAGAAUCUCGACAAGGGAACACGACUAGCAUUGUGAAAAAACGAAAAAACGUUGGCACUGACUUGUCAAAAUAUUUGUUCACUAAAGUCAUUCGUAAAAGAUCUAAUCCUGCAUAUGAAACUCUUAUUGAAAAUGAUAAUAGUGAUAUCUACAACGAUGAUGAUAGCCACGAAAAUAUUUAUGAUUAUCAACUUAAAAAUAAAUUUUUAGGUGAAAAAAAAGAUAAUAAAAAAAUUGAUGAAAAAGCAUAUCGAGGUUUUGCUAACGUAGGUGAUAAAAGAUCACACAUAGAAAAUCCAAGAUUUGAUAAUAUUGAAGUUAAAGAAGAUAAUCAAGUUAAAAAUCAGCCGAGGCGGAUGGACCAUGAAAAUAUUCAACCAGAAGAUAAAGGAGGCUUAUUUUCAACUUUUGGACACACGAAUCUGGCGAGAGAGAAAAAUGAAAAAUCAGGAAUAGACUUAAAUAUAAAAUGGAAAAAAUUUAAUCACGAUGCUAUAGAAAUAGCUAAAAAUAUCAGAGAAGACAAAUUGUUAGUCAACCAGGAAACAUCUAAUCAAAUAUCUGAGCCAAGAAAAGAUGUUAAUUUGCAGAACAGUGAAAGAGGAAAACACAAUUUUCCAAACAAAAUUAGCAAGGGUGGUGUUCUUAUACGAAUAAAGAAAUCUGAUUUUGGUUCAAAACAUUCUAAAAGAAAGGGAUUGCAUAAGCAUAUGAAGAAGAUGAAAAGUAGACACAAAUUAAGUACUUCAGAUUUGAGAAUGAAAUCUUCCAAAAAUAGGAAGAAAUAUUCGAAAGGUAGGAAAAGUUCAAAAAAGAAGAUAGAGAAUAAGAAUGAAAAGAAAAAUAAUCAUCGAGGAAUAAGGUCAACCUUUUCUGUUCCGAAAAAAAAUAUCUAUAAAAAUACAAAAAUUAAAAGAAAAAAUAAAGAAAAUAAGCGAAAUAUUGAGCCUUUUCGAUCUGCACAAAAAUUGCCGAAGAAAUUAUAUUCGAUCGAAAACGAUCUAAGAGCAGGGACGCUGUUAAAAAAAAGAUUGAAGACGGCUGCGAAAAAAAUUCCAGAAUCUUCAAUUAGAAUUAAGAACAGUUUAAAAUUAAUAAACACCAAUAAAGAUAUCAGGAAUAAAGCAAAACUGUCUAGAUUAGGACGUUCUUUACAAGACAAUCACCAAUCCGAUGAGGAAAAGUAUGAAAAACCAGGAUAUAUAAGGUUGGGUAGGAGACUUCAAUCUCUUUCAAGACAUGCAGAAACUAAAGCCGAAUUUGGGGAAAUACGCCAAGAAAGUUUCACAUAUGUUUUUUUUCCAAGGCCUGAAAAUUCAAGCAACUCAAAUAAACCGAAAGUAAAAUUGUCUACAACUAAUGUGAUGAUUCAGAUUCAAACUAAAGCUGUAACUGAAACUAGAACUAAAACUAUAAUUGAAGCGAAAACUAAAACUACAACUAAUAAUGAAGAAAAACUUGUAACAGAUAAAAAUUGGGGUAACUGGGGUCAAGUUACAGCUUAUCAGAAUGUGCUGGAUAUUUCAAAUGAAGCCAGACAAGCCUCUCAGACUACCACUGCAAGUAAAAACACGGUUAGUCCUUCUACCGAAGAAUAUGAUUUCAAAGAUUACGUUGAGCACUACACAGACGAGAGUGUAAUUACGACUGAAACAAAUUCAGAUGAUUAUGAAGAAGAAGACUAUGAAGAAGAAUAUGAAGAAUAUGGAGAAGAUCAAGCAGCUUCAGAUGGUUGGACAUAUAUGACAGAUUAUGAAGAUGCGCUUACGUCAAAUGAAGCUAAAACUGGAGUGAAGACUGAAGCUACAGUUGAAGUUAAAGCUAGAAUAAAAACUGAAGCUAUAACUUCAGAAAUAUUGAAUUCUAGCACUGUUCUAAACACAACUACAUUUGAACAAGUACGGCUGUCAACAAAAGUUCCUGAGAAAAUUACAUCUACUAAAUUUACUUUACCUGUUUUAUUCACAACUGAAGAUUAUGAUUAUAAAGAUUACGUUGAAUACUACACAGAUGAGAGUAUGAUUACGACUGAAAAGAAUUCCAAUGAUUAUGAAGAAAAAGAAUAUGGAGAAGAAUAUGAAGAAGAAUAUGAAGAAGAUAAAGCCGUUUUAGAUACUUGGACGUAUAUGACGGAUUAUGAAGAUACACUUACAUCAACUCAGAAAAUAGGGAGUACAACUGAAAGAAAAAUUGCAGCUAAAACUGUAGAGAAGACGCAAAAUACAGUUGAAGCUGAAGCUGGAGUAAAAACUGAAGCUAUAACUUCAGAAAUGGUGAAGCCUGUUACUGCUUCAAAGACAACUAAAUAUGAACUAGUACAGCCGACGACAAAAAUUAUUGAGAAAUCUAUAUCUACUGAAUUUAUCUUACCUGUUGCAUUUACAACGGGCGAAUAUGAUUACAAAGAUUCCGUUGAAUACUAUACAGAAGAGACUAUAAUAACAACUGAAAAGAAUUCAGAUGAUUAUGAAAAAGAAGAAGAAUAUGAAUCUGAAGAAGAUAAAGCAAUCUCAGAUUUUUGGACGUAUAUGCCUCAUUAUAAAGAUACACUUAAUUCAACUUAUGAAGUGAUAAAUUCAACUAAAGCUGCGACUGAAACAAAAAUUGAAGCUUUCACUGAAGAUGAAACUAAAAGUACAGUUCAAGUUAAAACUGAAGUAUCUACUGAAGCUAUAACUUCAGAUAUAGUGAAGACUGUUACUGUCCCAAAGACAACUGCAUUUCUGAAAAUGCAGCCGUCCACCAAAGUUACUGAGGAAGCUUUAUCUACUGAAUUUACAUUACCUAAUGCAUUUGCAACUGAAGGGAUAGCUAGAAUAACAACUCCAAAAACUACAAUAUUUACAAAGGCAGCUUUAGCUAAUAUUUCUCAGAAAACUUUAUUUAAAUCAACCUCUUUGGACUCAGGAGCAAAAUCAGCAAUCACAGAAGAAAUUACUGUGAGUUCUGAUACUGAAGGUUAUGGAGAGGAAACUGAGAAAGAAGAGACAAUUAUAACAUCUACUGAAGGCAUACUGACCAUUGAAGCCAUAGCUGAAACUACAGCCGAAACUACAGAUAUAGCGACAAUUGGAGCUACAAAUGACAAUAAUAAAGAAAAUCUGGUAACAAAUAAAAAUUUGGAUCAAGUUAAAGCUGAUCAGAAUUUACUAGAUAAUUUAGGCCAACAAAAACAGCCCUAUAAAACUACAGCAGCAAGGAAAAGCACAGUUGGUCCUUCCACUGAAAAAUAUGAUUACAAAAAUUACGUUGAAUACUACACAGAUGAGAGGAUAAUUACGACUGAAAAGAAUUCAGAUGAUUAUGAAGAAGAAUAUGAAGAAGAAUAUGAAGAAAAGAAAGUAGUUCCAGAUUCUUGGACGUAUAUUACUGAUUAUGAAGAUAAACUUUCUGUAGCUCAGAAAAUGGGUAGUUCAACUGAAAGAGAAACUGAAGCUACAACUCAAGUUAAAAUUGAAACUACAUUUGAAGUUGAAACUGAAGUAACGGCUGAAGCUAUAACUUCAAAAAUAGUGAUGCCUGUUACUGCUCCAAACAAAACUGAAUUUCAAACAAUACAACCGUUUACAAAAAUUACUGAAAAAGUUACAUCUACUGCAUUUACUUUGCCCGUUAUAUUCGCAACUAUAGAAAAUGAUUACAAAGAUUACAUUGAGUACUUGACAGAUGAGAAUAUAUUAACCACUGAAAAGCAUUUAGAUGACUAUGGAGAAGAAUAUGAGGAAGAGAAAGUAGUUUCGAAUUUUUGGACCUAUAUGCCUGAUUACAAAGAUAUACUUACUUCAACUCAGGAAAUCAGAAAUUCAACUGAAGCUACAACUAAAAGAAAAAUUAAAGCUUUUACUGAAGUUGAAACUAGAGUAACAACUGAAGCUAUAACUUCAGAAAUAGUGAAGACUGUUACUGCCCCAAAGACCGCUGCAUCUCGACAAGUACAGCCAUCAACAGAAAUUACUGCGAAAGCUAAACCUACCAAAUUUACUUUUUCUGCUACAUUGACAAUUGAAAAUAUAACUAUAGAAACUGAAGAAUCAACACCUCCAAAACCAACAACAAACACAAAGGUAGCUUCCACUAAUAUUAUUGAAACUGAAGAUUAUGGAGCGGAAUCUUCAGAAGGAGAGAAAUUUUUUACAUCUACUGAAAGAACAUUGUUAACUGAAGCUUCUACUAAAGAUACUAAAACCUCUACGAUGCAAUUAACAACCGAGGAAAUAUAUUUAAAAGCUUUAUCUAGCGAGACUUCACAAGAAACAACCAAAGCCGCAAAUGAAAUCUCAAGUUUUGCAGCGGAAACUUUAAAGGCUUUAGAAGAAACAAUUGAGACAACAAAAGACAAUUUAGAGUCUGCAGGAGAAACAACUGAGGCUGCAAAAUUAACAUCUAGUUCUAUAGAAAAAAUACCAGCGACUGUAGAAAGAAUAACUAAAAGCAAGUACGAGACAUCACAGGCUAUUGUAGAAACCACUGCAUCUGGAAAACUAGUAUCGAUUUCUGAAGAAGAAACAUCUACUUCUUCAGGAGAGAGAACUGAGGAUGAUGAAGGAAUAUUAAGUAGCACAGAAGAUACAGCAGUAGCUGAAGAAGAAACGGAUGAGGCUGACAAAAUUACAUCUAGUCUGCUGGAAGUUAUAAUUAAAGGUAUUGAAAAAACGUUUGAGCUUGCAGAAGUAACUACUGAGCAAGUUAAAUUAACAUCUAAUUCAGAAGAAGAAAUACAAGAGAUUGCAGAAAGAACAACAGAAGGCAUAGAGAAUACAUCAGAGGCUGUAGAUGAAGUAACUGAGGCUCCGGAAGAAACGACUCCAGCUCUAACAGGAACAUCAGAGGCUGUAGAAGAAACAACUGAGGAUGCAAACAUAACAUUCAGUUUUUUGGAAAAAACAUCCGAAGCUAUGGAGAUAACAUCUAAAGUUCCAGAAGUAACGACUAAAGCUGAAGAAGAAAGAACAGAGCCUUUCGAAGAAACUUCUUCAAUUUUAGAAAGUAUAGUUGAAGCAACUGAAGGAACUAGCAAAAUUACUAAAGCUGCAGUAAUUUAUUCAAUUGAAACUACCAAUUUUGAGACCACAAUCGAAGAAAAAACUUUAAUUGCAACAUCAGAAAGUACAUUUGCACAAAAAGAAACGUCUGAAAUCAUAAAAAGCAGAUCUACUAUUGAAGAAGAAACUACUGACGAAUUAAUAAAAAAUAUCGCAACCUCAUCGAAAAAAAAUGAAGAAGAAAUGACGUAUGAAGCUACAGAAAGCUUUACUUUUACAAAAACUGCUUCUAUCAUAAGCUCUAUUUCUACAGAAACAUCGACUGUAGGAUUUACAGCAGUUAAAGAAACGGAAAUAGUCAGUACCAUUUCAGAAUUUAUAACCGGAACAACUGUAGAAGCUACUUCUGAGUCUAGUUCUUUAUCAUCUGAAGUUAUUUCUGAGCUACACAAUGCAGAAACAACUGUAGAGUUAGCAUCAACUUCAAAAGAAAGUAUGUCAGGAGUCACGCCGAAAAUUGAGACUAUUUCUGAAUCUGAAGUUACGUCAGAAGUUGCAUCGAAACUUACAACUGCAGCUGAAACUGAAGCCUCAUCUGAAGUUACAAGCAAGGAUACAUCUGAAGCUGUAACUGAAUAUACAACUGAAGUUCUACUUGGAGCUACAAGUGAAGUUACAACUGAAACUACAAUUACGAAAACGAUCGUAGCCGAAUCACCUAUUUCAAUUCAAAGUAAUGAACUUCCACAAGAUACUUUUACAGCAUCUCAAUCUUCGGGAACAACUUACAAAGUCAAAACUUCAAUAGCUUCUGAAAAUGAAGCUACUAAAAUAACUGAAGCUGCAAGUCUAGAAACUAUAAUGGUCGAUAUCACAGAAGAAACAAUAGAACAAGAAGUAGCUAGCGCAUUAACUUGGACAACUGAUGGUCUUUUAACAAGUUUUAAUACAGAACUCACGACAUUAAUGAAUUCAUCAGUAAUUCAAACUGAAUCAUCAGUACCAGAAAGUGUGACCAAAAUUCUUGAGGAUACAUCUUUCAUGUUGGAAACAAAAGUAGGUUCGAACACAGAGAUGGUAACAUCAAGUUUUGAAUCAAAUAUCAGCAAAACACAAAACUCAUCAAGAAACCAGGCUAAAAAUUUAGAGGAACCGAAUAUUGAAACAGCAACUAAACCAGGAGAAGCAUAUGACAACUAUAAUUUUGAUUACGAUUAUAAUUAUAAAGAGGGAAUUGAAUCUUACAGUGACCAUGAUAAAGAGGCUGCAUAUGGAGUGUUGGGCAUGGAAAACCGGUACGAAUAUGAUGAAGAUCAAUUUAAGAAUGGAACUGAUGAACAACCUGGAGCCAACACUAGUACAAGAGAAACAACAGAAUUCGACCAUGACAUUGGAACGAUGCAAAAUAAAUCAAAAGAAGAAGCUGCUUUUUCGAAAAAUCCAGAAAAGGAAACAAUAGCUGAUGAAUCAGCAUCUAUUCCAGUAUUAUCUUCAGAAUCAAAUUCCAGUUCCACAAUUAUUAACAUUUUAUCGGAAUUGCCUACAUUAGAUUUAGUUAUUUCAGAAAAGGUAAAAACUUUGGAAAUAGGUGCGCAGACGAUUGUCGAGGAGUCUGUAUCUUAUUCCUUUCCUGAAACUUCAACUCAAUUGGGAACAUCAGCUAAAGGAAGUCUUCGGCUAGAAGAAACAUCUGCAAAACAUGAUGCUUCAAUAUUAACUGAAAUUACCUCUGGAUUCAGCUCUGAAAGUACAACGAUAAAAGGAGAAUAUAAAACAGAAAGUACAGGGAAAAUAAAAAUGAAUUUAGAGUCGGGAGUUACUUCAGCUGAAAUCUCAACACUUUCUAGUAAGGCGGACGAGGAAGAAGAGAAGAAGAAAGAAAUAGAGGACGAAAAGGAAAACGAGAAUCUUCAAAAAGAAGCAUCUAUAUUGACGAAUAAAGAAGAAACGAAUAAAACUUCAAAUUCGACCACUAAAACAUUAAUAUUUGUCACAAUAACUUUCCUUACAACUGCUAAAGCUUUUAAUACAACUACUGAGACAUACAUCCCUACCACAAUUUGUACUGAAACUGCUUCAAUUAAAACAAUUCCUACUAUAAUAUCUACUUUAGAAAUUGAAACACCAAUCUUUACCACUAUAAAUUCUCAUUCAGCAGGUGAUUUAAAAGAGCUAAAAGAGCAAAAAGAGAUUGAAGAAGAACUCAAAAAAACUGAAAAGGAACUGGAAAAGAAGGAAAGGGAGUUGAUUGAAACAGAAGAGUUAAUAAUAGAAAAAGAAAAAGACUUGCGGUUAAAGCAGGAAAAGAUAAAAGAAGAUGAAAAGAGAAAGUUACAGGAGAUCAUUGACAAGCAAAAGGAACUCGAACAGAAGGUAAUUCAGCUUAAGGAAGCAAAGAAGAAAGAAGAUGAAGAGGCAAAAAAGACGAAGGAAGAGACCGAAGAAAAGGAAGAAGAGGUUGAUGGUAAGGAAAUGGAGAGAAGAAAGGGAGAGAAAAAACAGAAAAGUGGAAAUAAAGAGGAGGAGACAGAGGUAGAAGGAAAGUGUGAAAAGGAUGGAAAGGAAAAAGAGGAAGGAAAUGCAAAGAAAAGAGGAAAGGAGGAAAUGGAGAAACAGGUAGAAGAAAAUCAAGAGAAGGGAGAGGCAGAAGAAAAGGAGGAGCAUGAAAGAGCAUGUUUAAACGUUUUAAAAAGCUCUACAUUCAAAGAAGUUUUAAUAAAUAGGCAGAAUAAUAUUGUAACCAAAUUUGUCUGUUUACCACGCAUUCCAAAAAAUCCCUCAGACCAGAAAACUUCUAAAAGAUUAGCAAGAAAACUGAUGACCUUGACUGAGAAUGCUUCAGAGGAAGUUGACAAUUUUCGUAUCUUAAAACGAAAUUUAAAUUCCAAACUUAAAAAGAGGGCAACCUCUCUGAAACUGAAGGUUCCUGAUUGGAACUGUAAUGAACCAAUAGUUAGAAAGAAUGCAAAAAGAUCUAUAGUAGAAGACACAACUUUAAAAUUAAGGAAGUAUGUGAUUGAUAAAAAUAAAAAAAAAAUUAGAACAACUAAUGUUAAUAGAUUGGAAAAUCAUGAAUUGACAGAGGGACCUACUGAUAAAAAACAAUUUCAUUAUAGUGAGAUUAAUAAGCGUUUGUCAGAGAGAAAAAAGCGGAACUUCUCUUGGAAGAAAUUUUGGAAUUGUUUAAAAAAUUCUGCAGAAACAUCAACGAUAAAAAAAGUAUUAGUGGUGGAACCAGAAGAAAAUAACUCCUGGCCACCAGAAAUAAAAUAUAAAUGUGAGACUAAGACUACAUUGGACCCUAAUUUGUGUACUUCUGAAGGGCUUGCUCCAACUGCUUCGACUAUAUCCUCACCUACUGAGCGAAUUACAAAAAUCAUGCCUGACAAAAAAUGUCCAGUAGAGGAGGAAGAAUCUGCUACUCUUGCCACAGUUGAACCAGAGAAGGAAGAGAUUGGAGAAACAACUUUUGAGGAAAUAACUUCUGAAGAAACGACGUCAACAAAAAAGUCUUCAACAGAAAAAAUAUCUACAAAAGCAAUAUGUAGAAUUUCUCCGAAAAAUUUCAAACAAAAGGAAAAUAAAAAUGAAGAAAAAGAAGAUUAUGAUUUUGGAGAAAUUGACUAUGUGCCAACGAAACCAGAUAAUGAGGAUGAAGAUGAUGAAGGAUAUGAUGAAGAUGAGGAAAAAGACGAGGAAAAUGAUAAAGAACCAGAAAAUGAAAAUUCCGUUCUCACUGAUUGUGAAGUAGAGGAGAAAAAAUAUACUACUUCUAAAAUAGAUGAAUCAAAGGAGACAGCGAGUAGAGAGACAACGUCUGAAGAAAUCAGAUCAGCAGAAAAUUCUUCAACAGAGGAAACUUUAGUACAAAAAACCUCUGUAAAAGAAGGUGAUACAAAAAACUCAAAGGAGACAAAAAGCGACGAUGAACUGGGAACGAUUGGCACUGCAACAGAGAUAAGGAGCAACACAGAAGUAGAGGAAGAAAAGAAAAAAGAUUAUGAUUAUGGAGAAAUUGAGUUAGUGACAAUGACGCUGAAUGGUGAAAAUGAAGGACAUGACGGAUAUGAUGAAUAUCAGGAAAAUUAUGAAGAUGAGGGAUAUGAUGAUGAGGAAGAAGAUAGUAAAGAACCAGAAGGUAGUGGUUGGUCUUUUUACGAAGAUUAUAAGGAGGAAACUGAAGAGAAAACUGAAAAGACUAUAAAAGAAAAUAAGUCAAGUGAAGAAUCCACUAAAACAUCUGAUGUCAUAAAUUCAAACAAUUCUGUAAAGGAAAACAAAGAACAGCAUCUUCGUGUUAAAAAAUUGAAAUUGAUCAGUGAAAUAGAAAAUCUGAAGCAAAAACAAACUAAUUUAAGAUCAGGUAUACUAAACGAAGGUAAACGUCUGAAAAAAAUUCAAAAAGCUGUGCCAAAAACUUCGCCUGUAAAAAAAGAUUCUAAUUUUUUUAAGGAGUCUACGAGAAAAAUGAAGAGUAGACAAAAUGACGAGAAGAACUUCAAUGAUGCGCCUUCAAAUGAGAAAUACAAUAACCUUGAGUCAUCUCGAAGCAAUAAUAAAAUUUAUGAGAAAAUUGACCGAGGAAUAAAUCAGGCCAAGAAUUUCCCUCAAAGUUUUGAAAAACAUCAUAAAAUAAGAAAAAAAGCUGGGAAAAGUAAUAAUAAACGAAUAGGAAGAUCUCUUCAAAAAUUGGGAAAAAACAAUUAUGAUUAUCAAGAUCAAAGUUUUUAUUUCAAUCCAGAUACUACUGAAGGUCUAGAAUUAUCUUUAAUGACACCAACAAUUUUAUACAGUAAAGAAGACAAUAUUAGAACAACUAUUGCGCCGGAAAGAGAUUUUCCCACAGUAUUAAAAAAAAGUUCUGGUCUUAAUUAUAUUUCUUCCAAAAAUAUAAAAUCAACGAUUGAGGCUUUUCAGAAAUCAGGAUUAGAUGAAAUUUCAACAAUUAAAAUUAAUGACAGUCCUUUUUAUGAAUUUUUAAGAGACGAUGAUCAUUUUGCACAAGAUAGUACGAAUAACAAGAAAGUUGAUCAAAGCAAUAAUUAUUAUAUUCAAAAGUUAUCAGAAAAUGAUUCGCCAAAAGAAAUGAAAAUAACCGAAUCAAAAUUUACUAAAAAAGAAGCUUCUGUAGUCGAUUUUAUAGGAAAAUCAUUUUCGGAUAUUGGUUAUAAAGAAGGCGAUAAGAAAGAAAAUGAAAAGGAUUAUGAAGAUCUUAUAGACGAUAAAGGUUUUGGAAGGUCCUUACUGACUAUUAGUGAGAUUAAAAAUUCAAAAGCUCAUCAAAACAAAAAAGGACUUGAACGUAAAAAACAUAAUAAGGAUAUAAAGGGGCACAAGAAAGAAAAAGAUCAAAAGAAUCAUAAGAAUCAUAAGAAGAAGGGAAGAAAGGAUUAUCAAAAGAACAGCAGAUAUCAUAAGAACAAAGAAUCUUUUCACGAUUCCACUACACCCAAGAAUAACAAAUUUCAAGAAACCAAAAAGCGUCAUGAAAUUACAAAUUCUAAAUUAUCGCAAAUAGACAUGAAUGGCAAAACUGGUGUUUCCAUAAACAAGAAAAAUAUUUUCAAUAUAAAAAGGAUUACUCAGCAAAAGAGAAAAAUUGAUGACAUUCACAAAAAAAACAUUAGGUUGUUGAAAAAGCAGAACUUGUAGAUCAGAUUAAAAAAUCGAAAAUGGCGAUAAAUAUCAACAAAAUUAAUAAAUUUAAGCCUAAAGAAAUCCUAGAAGAAAAGACUAAUCCUUUAUUGGAAAAAGAAAAUCUUAAAGGAUCAGUAAAUUGUAAGGUUCUUAAAAAAAUCAAAAGCAUAAUCUUACUGAGAAAAAAAGUCGAUUGAGUCGAAGUAUAAUUGAUACGGUCAAGGACAUGAUUGGCCAUGCGAUUGGUUAUUCAAAAAAUUCUCAGAAAACUCAGGACAAAAAUAAACCGGCAAUGGAAAACAAAUGUUGCACUAAAGCUCAUGCGAUGCCUAAAAGAUAUAAAGAAGCGAAAAACAUAAAUUCAAAAUCUGAAACCUCUUUCAAAAUUAAAUACAAUAAAUCAAAUUCUCAUAUUUAUACUAGAAAUAUGGACAAGAGCAAGAAAACUGAAGAUGUGUUUAUGAAAAUAAGUCCUUUGAAAGCAAAUGUUAUGCCUUCUAAAAAUGAUUUAAAUUCUGUCGAUAGUCGAGAGAAUCAUGGUAAAGAAGUAUCUGUUCAAGGUCUUGCAGAUGAUAGAUUCAAUAUUGAAUUAUCGAAUCAGAAUAUUGGUAAGCAGAAAAAAAUUGUCUUCCAAAACAAAUCACAUUUUUUCAAUAUGAAGAACAUAAUUCCAAAGGUUCAAAAAAUAGUAUCGAACGAGAACUUAGGGAAUUUUGAAAAAAUAAUUGUUUACGAAGACAAAGAUGAAAUGAAAAAGGGUUUGAAAGCCAGUAGGUUUCAUUCUAAUUUUCAUUGAAAUGAUCUUCUUAAAUCUGAAAAUUGGGCUCAGGAGACAAAUCCUACGGGCAGAAAAUCUUUGGAAAAUUCUCAAAUUUCCGUCAAUGGUACUUCUCUGGAUCAGAUUGUUUUACUAGUAGCAGAUGAGGUGCUAAAAUCAAUUAAUCUAUCCAAUUCAUCUGGUUCAUCAUCUAGUGGUUCCAAACUUAAUGUAAAAGUUGUACAACCAGUAGUUAAUGGAUCUAAAAAUCCACAUGAAAAAACAAAGACGGAAUUUAUAAGAGAUUUGUCCAAAUUUGGAAACUUUUGUAAUCCGAAUUAUUCUGGUGAAGAUAAAUUUUCUGAAAAUGGGUUCAUGGUCGAAAAGCGUGAGACCCAGCUCAAAUCUAAGAAUUUGAGAUUAAGAAGGAAUAAUUGGUCUGAAAAUAAAAAGAAUGGCAAGAAGAGAUUUUUCCAGCACAAAAAUCGUCGCAAAAUGAAUCUUCCACUGAAACCUUUUAAGAGAAGAAGAUUUUGGUAUGAGAAGAUUAAAAAGGAAGAUGCAUUAGAUAAGGAAGAAGCAGAUAUACGUAGGAAUAUUAUGAAAAUGUUAACUAAGAAGUUUAAAGAAGAUAAAGUUUUUCGUUUUAACCAAAAUCGGGAAGAGUUUAUCAGUGAUAAACGAAUAAUAUCAAAUGAAGAUCUGAAAAAUGUAAAGAAAAUAAAAAGUUACGAUUAUAGUCCUCCAAAUUCGAAUAAUUACUUGCAUAAGAAAGCGAGGGAGGCUAAAGUGCAUUCAAAAUUGAGAAGAGAUUUUCCUAACAAGAAAGGGUUUUCAGAAGAAUUAGGAAAGGUAUCUAAGGUGAAACAGUUUAAUUCAAAAUUAAGUAUUUCUGAUUUGAACGAUGAAGCUCAGCAAAAGGUACUGAAGAAGAAAAGAAUGAUUCAAGAAAAUUCUAAAGAAGCACAUGAUUCUGCAACAGAAGAGGAUUUUUCUUAUGGUAAAGAAUUUUAAAGACCGAAAUUGUAUUCUGACACUAGUCCCAAUUUAAAAAAUAAAUUUGAAACAUUUCUCAAACUUAAACGAAGUCCUCAAAUUUUAAACAGAAAAUAUAUCAAACAUAAUACAAAUAUGCCUGAAAACAGCGACGCUGAAAUUAAAAGGAUAAUUUCACCCUUGAUUCAUAAAAAACAGAAAAAUGGUUAUUUCGUGGAAUAUAAUGCUCUGAAUGAUAUGUUUGGUGUCGAAGAUUAUGAUCAAGAAGCAAAAAAAUUUGGUUUCCUUAAAAAUAAUUGCGCUGGUGUUCAAAAUAUUUCAAAUGUUGAUUUAAAUAUAGCGUCUAAAGAAGAAAAGAAUUAUUUCGAUACCAAAGUGCGGGCGUCAGAUAAAUUAAAAAAUAUUUCUAAUCAGGCUGAGAAAGGGCAUAAAAUAGGAAAAGAUUUUCAAAUUCAGAAAGUCAAAAAGGAAAUUAAGGCAGCUCUGCACGAUUUUUUAAAUGCUGAAAAUCUAAUUCUGAGAGAGCAGCAUGCAAAUUUGCAAAGUAGUGAUUCUAAAAAUCAUCCGGUUUGGAAAUAUAAAACAUCAAAUACUGAAGCAUCAAAAUCAUCAAACCAUCCAAAGAAUCGAAACAAAGGUAACACGAAUUCGAAGACUUCAAAAGAAAAACAAAAAAAUGUAAAGCAUCCAAAAAAUUCUGAAGCCCAUAAGAGUAUAAAAACUCAGAAGAAGAAAAAUAAGAAACAAUCUCGCUCCACGAAGUCAGGAGCGAAGAAUUCGUUUCAAAAUAAUGAAAUACCCGAUAAUAUAAAUCUGAGGAUUAUAAAAAACCUAGUUGACAUUCAAAAUUAUGAAGAUGAAUCAAAUAAAAAUAUUUUCGGAGAAAAACUUGAUAUUAAAGACGAAUUAGUGGAUUUGGGGAAACCCAAACCAAUUUUGAAUUUUAGAUUUAAAAAAGAAGUCGAAGGCCUUGUAAAUAAAAGUCCUAAUUUUCCAUUAAAAAAAGUCACAGGAAGUGAGAAUAUAAAUUUGGAAACAAAUAUUAAAUAUACAAGCAGAAGAAUGCAGUCAAUAGAUGAAAAUAAUUUUCAGUAUCAAGCAAAAAUUGUUGAUAGAAGCUUAAUUGAUUCUAGCAAAAGUAAUAACUUGCAAACUGCGAAAAGGAAAAAUGAAGUUUAUGAAUUUGAAAAUAAUAAAGUUUUUGAAACUAUAACAAAAAUACCAUUUUAUUUGUUAAAUAUAACAUGCUGUACAAAAAAUGAAGUUCCUGAAAAUUCGUUCUUGGAACUUCAUACAAAUUCAGAGGAUACAGAAUUAAAAAUUCCGAAGGUAUUUUUCAUUAGUGAACAAAAUUUUAAUAAGAUUGAUAACCAGAGUAUCGAAAAAAAUGAGAAGCAUCAGGAUUUUGACGAACGUUUUUUUGGUUUUCAAUUAUGCAAUUACAAGUCCCCAGGGAAAAAUAGAAAAUUUACACACAAAGUUAAAAAUCAAAAUUCACAGAAGGUAAAGAUGAAGACAAAUAAAAAGAAGAAUCAUGCUAAAAAUAAAGGAAGGUUCAAAAAGGUUAAGUACAUUUUGAAAAAGAACACUUAAUCUAAAUCUGACAAUACAAGAAAAAUUACUAAAUCUGUUUCUAAACGUGAAGAAUACGAAAAUGUGAAUUCAGGAAAAGAAAAACAUCAAUUACAGACAGUCGUACCAAUCGAAGACGGUAAAAUUCGAAUAAAAUAUAUUUUUCGAAACGAUAUGAGUAAUUUUGACGAAAAUCGUGAAAUCGGAAAAGAGGGUUUUCACGCUCAUAAGAAGCAUGAAGAAAAUGAUGAAAAGAAAAGGCAAGAAAAUUGUGAAAGCUGCAUUUGUGGUCUUAGUGAAGCUGUCUUAGAUUUAAGAACAAUGUUAGGAAAGAGAAAUGAUCUCCUUGGUAAAAUAAACACUUAUCAGUGUAAUUUAUACACUGAUAUUUGGAAAUGAAAUUCUGAUAAUUGAUGGAUUAAUCGAUCUAACUGGACAACUUCGAAGAGAUUUUGAAGAAACGAGGGGACUUAAAUAUGUUGAAUCUGGAAAAGUGGAGGAUGUCUUGAAGCGAGGAAUUGUGGAUUUUAAUGAAAAUGAAAUUUUUUCUCUUCCUGGAUUCGAUUUGAACGUACCCUGUAAUUAUGAAGGCGAAGAUGUAACAUGGAUGAUGAGCAUCAGCAGACCCAAUUAUACAUGGAUGCGAGAAGAUGGUUCUCCAAUUUAAGGUAGAACCGUUUUAAAGAUAUCAAUCAUUACUGACGAAACACGCUACAAUGGCACAACAGAAAACUUCUGUGAAUUGCUGUCCCAUCAUAGAGAGAAAUUGGUGCCAGUCGAAUUUUCCAAAAGAAAACUUAGACGCAAAAGAGGUCGAAAUAGCAAAUGCAAAUCAAUCCAAAAUGUCGGUGAUAUGGGCCUUCUUAUUGGCUGUCCUGCUGGAUACAAUCUUCGGGAUACUCACUGUCGUCAGUCUUAAGCGUUCCAUGUCUUCCCGGUUUUUACAGCGAGGAUGGAUCAUCGCACUGCAAAAAAUCUCCUCUGGGAACUCAUCAACCGAAUGCCGGAGCUAGGACCUGUCGGGCUUGUACUAAUCCCUUCGUAGAAGGAUGUCAC